CGAGUUCAAGAAAUGAAACAAAAAUAAUUUUUAAUUGUUUUUCUAGAGAGAGAAAGUUAGAUAGAGAAAAACAAAGGAGAUUAUGAAUUGGAGAUGAACCCUCUUCCCAUUUAAACAAAAGAGGUCAAACCCAACAAAAACCAACAAAAACACACAACCCCAUCAUUUUCUCUCUCCUCUUUCACCCACCAUCUUUCUAAAUCAUCAUCAACUCCACCGCCGGUAACUUUUCCGGUGACUUAUCAUAUGACUUUCCGGUAACUACCGGUAAAAGGGUAUCCGUUAUAUCUUCCAGUAGAAACUACCCAAAAAAUUAGUUAGUUUUUUUUCUUUUUUAAGGAAAUUUUUAAUAAAUGAAACAUCAGCAAACAAAGGGUAUUAACAAUAAAACAAAUGGAUUUAGCCGUAAUUCUUUCAAGUUUAUCUCAUCUUGUAUCAAGACCGUCUCGUCCGGUGUCCGGUCAGCUAGUGCCUCCGUUGCCGCUUCCAUUGCUUCUGAUUCUAAUGACAUCAAAGACCAGGUGCUAUGGGCUUGCUUUGACAAGAUAGAACUCAGUCCAUCUAUCUUUAAGCGUGUUCUGUUGCUUGGUUAUACCAAUGGUUUCCAAGUCCUGGAUGUCGAUGAUGCCUCCAUAGUCACUGAGCUGGUUUCAAGGCGUGAUGGCCCAUGUACAUUUUUGCAAAUACAGCCUUUUCCUGCAGAGUCGGAAGGUUGUGAAGGAUUUGGGGCAUCACAUCCUUUACUUUUGGUUGCUGCAGGAGAUGAAACAAAUCAGAUAAUGGGUCCAGAUUCCACUCAGAGGAGGAGGGAUGGGCUGGUUAGAGAUGGCUAUAUCGAAUCACAGACAGGGAACAUGGUCAAUUCUCCAACUGCUGUUCGUUUUUAUUCGUUGAGGUCUCACAGCUAUGUUCACGUUCUGAGAUUUCGUUCGGCCGUCCUUACUGUUAGGUGCAGUCCUCGCAUUGUCGCUGUGGGGCUUGCUUCACAAAUAUAUUGCUUCGACGCUAUAACUCUGGAGAACAAAUUCAGUGUUUUGACUUAUCCUGUCCCGCAAAUGGCUGGCAUGGGAAUGGUUGGUAUAAAUGUCGGUUAUGGCCCUAUGGAUGUUGGUCCCAGGUGGUUAGCUUAUGCUUCUAAUAAUCCCUUGCUGACUAACACAGGGCGGUUAAGUCCCCAAAGUCUUACCCCUUCUCCUGGUGUAAGCCCUUCUACUUCACCUAGCGGCGGGAAUAUGGUGGCUAGAUAUGCUAUGGAAUCGAGCAAGCAGUUGGCAGCAGGGUUGAUUAAUCUUGGUGACAUGAGCUACAAAACGUUCUCUAAGUACUGUAAUGAACUUCUUCCUGAUGGGUCAAGUUCUCCUGUAACUUCCAGCUCUGGCUGGAGAGUUAAUAAAACUUCAGUUAAUUCACCUGAGACAGAUAUUGCUGGGAUGGUUAUUGUUAAAGAUUUUGUAUCAAGAGCUGUUAUAUCACAGUUUAGGGCUCAUACAAGUCCAAUUUCUGCUCUUUGUUUUGAUCCUAGUGGAACUCUUCUGGUGACUGCAUCAAUCCAUGGUAAUAAUAUAAACAUCUUCCGGAUAAUGCCAUCAUGCUCAAAGAAUGGAGCAGGUAGUCAGAACUACAAUUGGACUACAUCUCAUGUGCAUCUAUAUAAGCUUCACCGCGGCAUCACAUCUGCAGUUAUCCAAGAUAUUUGUUUCAGCCCAUAUAGCCAAUGGGUAGCUAUCAUUUCAUCAAAAGGGACUUGCCACAUAUAUGUUCUGUCUCCUUUUGGCGGGGAGUGCGGCCUUCAAGUUCAAAAUUCUCAUGUUGAUAGGCCAACCCUCGUUCCUGUUCUAUCUUUGCCGUGGUGGGCUUCUUCUUCUUAUACUGUAAAUCAGCAGUCUUUUUCUGCCCCUCCGCCACCUCCAGUCACUCUCUCUGUGGUUAGUAGAAUAAGAACUGGCAACUCUGGCUGGCUGAAUACAGUAAGCAGCGCUGCAUCAUCUGCAGCCGGUAUGGGAUCGGCGCAACCUUCUGCUGUUUCUGCUGUUUUCCACUGUUCGAUGCCUAGUGGCUCGCUGCCUGGACGCUCCUUGGAGCACCUUUUGGUUUACUCUCCCUGCGGUCAUCUUAUUCAGUAUGGACUUAUUCCAUCUAUGGGGGUGGAGACCACUGAUGCAGCUCCAAGAACUGGGUCAGGUUCACUUGUGCAGAUACAAGAUGAUGAUUUAAGGGUGAAAUCUGAAGUUGUUCAUUGGUGGGAUGUUUGUCGAAGAGCAGAUUGGCCAGAAAGAGAGGAACACAUAAAAGGGAUAGCUUUUGGAAGAAAUGAUUCCUCUGAAAUGGUCUUGGAGACAUCUUCCUGUGAAGAUAAUUACAAUAGUGGAAAAGGAGAAGAGGUGCAUGAACAUUCGACCUUGUAUUUAUCCAAUGCAGAAGUACAAAUGAACUACGGCAGAAUACCAUCAUGGCAAAAUUCUAAGAUACACUUCUUCGCUAUGAGUUCUGUGGUGCCUGGUGGCCAGAAAUCUUCUGCUGAUAAUGAUUUUGGUGGAGAAAUUGAAAUUGAGAAGGUCUCUCAUCUGGAGAUUGAAAUAAAGCGGAAGGAUUUGUUGCCUGUUUUUGAGCAUUUCCACAAAGUGAAGCCUGAUUGGAGCAACAGGGGUACAGUUGGGUAUCCUACUUCCACAUCUGAAGCUCGAUUGGCUGAAACUCAGUACCCAUCUCCUGCUGUUGUCCAUCCUCAAACUGUACAGAACUCCCAGUUUGGAUCCUUUUCACCAGAUGCACAGAUAGAUGUAGUAAAGUCUUAUCUGGGAAUUGCUCAAAAUGAGAUUGUUAAGAAUGGGAUGAAAGUUUCUUCUACUUUUCCUUCUUCACCUUUAUUGACAAAAAAUUCAUUAGAAACUGACACUUCCACCAUGGAAAUCUCACCACCUGAAAACAGUUGUCUUGUAAAUAGUCCAUCCCCUGUAAAAAAUGCCUCACUUUCAGCUAAAAAGGAAGCUCAAUCGUCCAGUAGUGUGGGAGGCAGUGAAGCUUCAAAUGUUAGUUCUAACCGUUCUGAUUUUAGUAUGAACGUUGCUGAUGAGAGCUCAGUCCAAGAUCCGUUAGAUUUUGGGGGUUAUUUCGAAGAGGAAUAUUGUAAAGCUGCGCCUCUUGAUGAAAGCCAUGAGCUGUCAGAAGUUGUUACUGAUGUAGAUAGCAGCAGCAGCCCCCGCGAGAAAGAGAAGUCUGAAGAAGAUGGCGAGAAUGAUGAUUUGCUUGGAGGAGUUUUUGCCUUUUCUGAAGAAGGGUGAGAAACAACCGAGGAGGUCGGAUCUCUUUGUGCUGGACAAAUGGAGGGUGUUGAUUCGAGUAAUUUUAAGGUUCUCUUGCCAUCAUCGUUAUUCAAUUUGCAUAUGUUGAACAGACUCGUUUCUCUCGGGGGUACCAUGUAUAGUAUAUUUAUUUUAUUUUAUUCCCUUUUCUUCUUACCUCUUUUGUGUCAUUGCUACUGAAGCAAGUGCUUCUGGUUUUCCAUUCUUCUAGUUUUACAUGUACAUGUUGUAGAUUGAAAUAGUGCCAGUGAUUUCUGUGAUCAUAUGUUCUUUUAA